ACCACCACCACCACCAUCAUCAUCAUCAUCAGCUGCCUACUGUCACUCGUGCUGCUCAACCUCCUGUUCAUGACCUGUUUUUUCGGCCCAGCAAGCUUCAGGAGUGACAGAACCCAUGUGGCAGAGCACCAAGCAGCCUCCGCCUGACCCCCCGUGCAGCGCCAGUGAUGGGCAGGCAGUGCACUAGUGCCGUGGCGGUGCCCUGGUAGCCUGGCCCUCGCAGUGCCCAGUGCCACCAUGCAGGCGCCACCCUCCUACACCAGCGGCCCGCCCCCCCGCCACCACCGCCGCUGCCGACCCUCCGCCUGCCUCGACACGGAGCGGAACCUGCUGUCUGCGGUGGUGAACUUGCUGGUGGUGGUGGUGGUGUGCGUGGCGGUGUUCCAGCCCCGGUGGUUCUGGAUGGAGGGCGGGGGCUGCUCCACCAACACCCUCAGCCUCUACCUCUUCUUCCUCGCCGGACGGUUUGUGAAAGUGAAGACAGGCUCGGACUCCUCCUCCUCCUCCUCCUCCUCAACAUCACCUUCGUUAAUCUCCUCAUUGUCUUCGUCUUCCUCCUCCUCCUCUGCCUCUGUGCCUAGUGGUGGUGGGGACUCAGACUCAGCCUCCUACAUCUACUACAUCAAUGGGGAAGAGCUGAAGUCGUGUGUGACGCCGCACAUCGUGUCGCUGCUGCAGGUGGUCAUCGGGCUGGUGUUCCUGAUGGCCUGCGCCGCCUGUGUCCAGCUCAUGAUGGACCUGGCGGGGCCGGCCGGACGCACGGUGCGCUGCCUUCGGAGGAACGCACUGCCCAGUAUUGUGGCAGUGUGGGUGUGCGUGGUGGGGGUGGGCGUGUGCUACCGCCUCACCAUCCUGCUGGAGUACCUGCAGGAGGCCACCAAGCAAGACAGAGUCCAGGUCAAGUUUGACGUGGGAUUCUACCUCUUUGUCCUGGCAGGAGGCUUGUCGGUCCUGGCGGUGGGCUGCAGCUGGCUCCGCCCCGCACACAUCUUCCAGGAGCCAGACGGGGCGCCCCUCAUGGAGGACUGCGGGCUUGAGGGUCUCGACAGCCCGGGCGGCGCACUCGGCUACCCCUUCAUCAUCGACCGCGAGCCCCCACCACCGCUGGAAGGCAACCCCCCACCCCCCUACACCCCCUAGUCUAGCCUCUGGUACAGUGUCUUUGGGGGAGUCCUGGAGGAGAGGAAGGACCCAGGAGGAUAUUUGAACCCAUGUGAGAGGUUCUUUUCUUUGAUUUUGUUAGUUUACUUUAUCUUGUGGUUCUACAGCCAAAGGAGGAGGAGGAAGGAGAGUGGGAAUGUAAGAGGAAGAGGGAGGAAAUGUUGGAGGAUGAGAGAGAGGGAAGUAGGAAGAAGUGUAAGAGGAGGAGGGAGAAGAAAGAGGAACAUUAAGAGGAGGAGGAAGAAGGAAGAGGAAGUAGUUUUAAGUUGUGAUCGGAGCAUUUUUUUCCCUGUUUCUUGUAAUACCUUUUACUGCUAUAGACAAAGGAGGAAGAGGGAGAAGAAGUUAGGAAGAGGAAGUGUAAGAGGAGGAGGAAGAAGGAAGCGGAAAGUAGUUUAAGUUGUGAUAGGACCAUUUCUUUCCCUGUUUCUUGUUUUACCUGUCUUCUACUUCUAUAGCUAAACGAGGAAGAGAAAAAAGGAAGAAGGAAAUGUAGGAGAAGUGAGUGGGAGGAGGGAAGUAGCUUGUGUUUAUAUGGGAGAAACUGGUCCUGCCCUGCUUCAUAUAUGUUCUGUUUUUCCUAAUGGUUGAAUUGGGUUGAAUUUUUUUGGAAGCAGAAAAGGAGAGAAGGAAAAAGGAAGGAAAAUUGAGUUCUUGUGGGAGAUUCUUGCCAUUUCCUAUUUCUGUUGUUUUUAUUUUUCCUGUUUUCAUAGUCUGAAUUGGGGUUGUAUUUUUUUGAAGCAGUGAAGGAGAGAAGGAAAAAGGAAGGAAAAUUGAGUUCUUGUGGGAGAUUCUUGCCGUUUCCUAUUUCUGUUGGUUUUAUUUUUCCCGUUUUCAUAGUCUGAAAUGGUGUUUAGUUAUUUGGAAGCAGUGAAGGAAAGGGGGAAAUGUAUGAUCUUGUGGAAGGGUCUUUUCUCCCCUUCCUCUUGGUUAGGUUUCCCGUUUUUCCCUUACCUGAGGAGUCUGAUGUGUGGUGUGGUGGAUCAGAGAACGCCCUGAAGCACCAAGAGGAGAAGGGGCUAGACAGAGGAAGGAUGAAGCAUUAGGUGUUAGGGAAUCUGUUUGGUUGUCUCAUACUUUGUCAUCUUGGUUGUCAUUACUUUCAUUCCCCUUUUCCUGCUCUUCCUCCCUCUCCUUCCAGCCAACAAGGCCCAGUCAGGGUGAGCCUUGACCCUCUUCUAAAUAGAGGUUGGUUGUGUUUACGUCUUGUUUCUGUCGCGGUGCCGCGCUGCAUUAAGCCAGUGGUCGUUUACUUUCCCCGUCGUGCUCGCGGCUUUCCGAUGCAAGGAACGUUUUUGGCUUUGUUUGUUGCCGUGUAUUGUUGUCACACGUUAAAACUGUGAUCUUUAAAUAUUCACCUCGGAGGCAUCAGUAAUCAUGCCUGGAGGUGUGAGGUACAUAAUAUUUCUUACAAGUAUACACAAGUAGAUGUGUAAGGGAUGACAUUGCUGUCAUGAUACUUUGUGGGGUGAAGUCACGAGCAAAAAUUUGCAUUGUGUAUCAAAUCUCUUUAGUCAGAGUAAGAUGCAUAAAUGAUAUGCAAUUUGUCUAAUAAGGAAUCACUGUUGUGUUGUAAGUCACAGACCGUCAGCCUGCGAGGGCCCAGCAGUCUGGCUACACACACACCUUUCAAGAAUCACCUUUUUGUGUAGUGCCGCGCUUGCUGGAGGCAUCCACAAGCCUGGCAAGGAUACUUCCAUGUCGGGGGCAGCCCACUCACCCGCCACAGCACUGCGCCCUCCCUGCACAGCACACACCGAGGAGGGCGCCACACAGCGGGGGUGGCUGCCCCCGGUCACCUCACCUCCAUUUGGCUCUAGUUAGCAUAAUGUGCCCACUCAUCGCUUGACACACACACAUCUCACCGGCCAUCACACUCACUCACCAGUGGCAGGAACAGGGAGGUUUGUCUGUCUGUUUUCACCAGUCCCGUCAGUGUUCACAUCUGGAAAAUAACACUGGAAAUUUGAACUGAUACAUUAAGAUAAAAAUCAAACUGAAAAUGAACGAAUGUUCUAUAUUAUGAGAAGCUAAUAUUUGUACUUUGGCUCAGCUUUCCAGGGAAGUUAAUCUCCUAUUAUGCUCACUGACUGUAAACUGUGGAGACUGGCAGGCACACACCACCCAGAAGCCUCCUUUUUGGGCCUCUUCCGGCACCACUGUUCAGUCUUAGAGGAGUGGCCGCGGCGCCCCUCACACGGCAACCACGCUUCCUCGUCAUCACAUCACCCACACGGGACAAACGUGACACAAGCCCCUCGUCAGCCACUCACUCUUCAUCACAUUUUUUGGUUUAGGUUACAAAAGUGAAGGAAAUUAAGUCAGUGUGAAUGAAGGAGCUAAGGAGGAGCGAGGGUGAGGCGAGGGGCUUGCCACACACACACACACACACACACACACACAUACACACCAGCGUUGCCAGAUUAUCAUACUCAGAACAUCGUAUAAAUUUACCAGUUUCUGACCCGUGACUACUGGGGGGAAAAAAAAAAAGAAAAAAAAAACUAACCAUUUCAACGAUAACUAAAUGAAUAACACACAGAGGGACCUAUUACAUUACUUUUCUUCUUUUUCUGAUAAUAUUACUUUUUCUUCUUUUUCUUCAUCUUCUGUUUCUUCUUCUCCUCUUUCUUUAUUUACACUUAGCUUUGGUUUUCUUUGGGUCGGACAUCAGCAAAUAUACAAGCCUGAGUACGACAAUCUGGCAACGCUGGUACACACACUCGGCACCUCACGACACUCACCCAUCAAGCUGCGGCUGCUGUCACUCAUGUUGUCCCCUUUAGUCACGGCUUCAGAGAGGACGACAAAUAUAUCCUGCGGUUGUGCCUACAUGUUCCUCUUUGUAGCUAUUUAGGCUUUGAAAUUAGACCUAUUUUUGUGAGCCGAACAGUAGAUGAAAGGAAAACUGUAGUGGUAGCGUGGAAGGUGUUUUUGGUAGUAGUGGUUUCCGAGGCCUGUUUUUGUGUACCAUCAGAGCCCGUUUGUCUGUGCUUAGGGUGCCUGAAUGCUAACUAUGACAACGGCACUAUAGAGGGAAUUUGCGGCUGAGGAAUAUGGAGAUCUCUUUUCUAUCCCUCAUCACGAAAGGGGUAAAAAGUAAAUGUUAAGUUCGUGUAAAUCGGUCACGUCAAAUGAGCUGUAAACUGCGGGAUUGAUGCGGUUGAAAACUUUUGUUGCUAGAGGAAUUGGUAAGCUUUGUAAUUUUGGAUCGCGUCGAAUCUUUGUAAUUUAAGAUAAUGUCAAAUGAGAUGUAAACUGCGGGAUUGAUGCGGUUGAGAACUUUUGUUGCUUGAGGAAUUGGUAAGCUUUGUAAUUUUGGAUUGUGUCGAAUCUGCGUAAUUUAAGAUAAUGUCAAAUGAGAUGUAAACUGCGGGAUUGAUGCGGUUGAGAACUUUUGUUGCUUGAGGAAUUGGUAAGCUUUGUAAUUUGGGAUCGCGUCGAAUCUUUGUAAUUUAAAAUGACGUCAAAUGAGAUGUACAUUGCAAGAGUGAUGUAGAGAAACGUUGUGGCCAGAGCGAACGUUAAUCUUUGUAAUUUUCCGUACGAACAUUUCUUUACGUCAUCAAAGGAGAGAGCGCCAGAAUAUGAAGUCCUUGCUAUCAGUCAGACACGGUAGAUUUUAUAACUUGCGGCUGCCUUACAGAAUGUUCAUACGUAAGCGGGUAAAAUAGUCUCAAACACCCAUUGGUCAACUGAAUAGAAUCUGAGUGAAAUCUAGACAUGGUGCUGUGUUGGUUAGGUGGGUAACAGAAGCAGUGGCUGGAGUCUAUCUAUUGCUGCACACUUAACCCGUCCGCUGCGAUUGCCAUGGAUUUCGCCUUCACUGGUAGCCUGGUAACGUAAACUCCCAGGUCUUUCUCUGCCUCUGUGGUGGAUAGUGGAGUGUUUCCCAUGUGGCACUGGUAUGAUGGACGACUACACUUUUCUUCAUCGAGUUGUAGCAGCCACGUUUUGCUCGACUCCUGCAGCUUGAUGUCUUGUAGGAAGUCCGCAUUCAAGGGGUUAACUAACACAACACCUUGUCUCUAGAUUUCACUGAAGUUGUAUGCACUCAAUCCACAGGUGUUACUGCCGAUUGAGAGAGAGAGAGAGAAUGUUAAAAGCGAUACAUUGCUGCGAUAGUAUUCUCUCUCUCUCUCUCUCAAUUGGCGGUAACAACAGGUGUUCGAUACUUACUCUGCCGACUGUACUGCCUAAACCAUACCAUUGUCAGCUCAUAAUCAAGGUCCUUUAUGGAUUGCUUUAGGAGUCUGGAGGGCAGCUGGGCUUCUGUGAUCACAUUUAAAGCCAAGCGAGGCACAGCAUGCUAAGUGCCAUACAACUGCUGCUGCCGCUGGUGUUCCUUGUAAAGCCAUGUCCGCAAGUCUUGAAGCUUUCCCGUUGGAGAUAUUAGCCAUUUCAAAAUAUGCCCAGGUGAGGUGCUGUUGACUUACUGCAUCGUGUGGUGUGGAAGGCUCUGUGAUGUCGCCUGUCUGUCAUUCUAUGCUCGGUAUUAUAAGACAUUUUCGCUUCUCACAUCAUGUUUCUAGAGGUCAAAGAGGGGGUCAUUCGGGUUCUAAUGAGUGUUUCUUUAGGUCCAUGGUACAGAAGAAGGGUCAUAAAACUACUACUUUCGCUCUCACGUCAUCUUUUUCUAAAGGUCAAAGAGGGGGUCAUUCGGGUUCUAAUGAGUGUUUCUUUAGGUCCAUGGUACAGAAGAAGGGUCAAACUACCACCAGGGUCAUAAAACUACUCCUUUCGCUUCUCACAUUAUCUGUUUCUAGAGGUCAAAGAUGGGGUCAUUCGGGUUCUAAUGAGUGUUUCUUUAGGUCCAUGGUACAGAAGAAGGGUCAGACUACCACCAGGGUCAUAAAACUACUCCUUUCGCUCUCACGUCAGCUAUUUCUAAAGGUCAAAGAGGGGGUCAAUCGGGUUCUAAUGAGUGUUUCUUUAGGUUCACGGUACAGAAGAAGGGUCAAACUACCACCAGGGUCAUAAAACUACUCCUGGAAAUGCCCACAACUAUGAAACUGUACCCAGGUCAAUGUGUGGUGUUCAGUAAUGCCGAGGGAACAUCACAGUAACCUUCCACGGUGUUCAGUAAUGCCGAGGGAACAUCACAGUAACCCUCCACACUGCCCUUGGUUAGUCACUGCUCUGUGUCAUCCAGCAAUGUUGUGAUGCCAAGAAUUUGCUCCGCCGUGACAUCCCGUUAUGCAGCAAGCUAAUCGUUGUGACUUGUUCAGCAGCAGCGCCAAUCACUGUCAAGCAUAAUAUGGAGACUUACCACAUUUUUGUUUACGGUGAAGGAGACAGGUCAAAGGCAGUAAGCAAAGAAGACAAAAAAGCCCUCUAAUCGCUGCUCCUGGAAAAGCUAACAAGAGGAGUGGCCAGAGGAGAGGUCAGUUUCAGAUGGGUUUUUCGGGUAUGCUCGUGUAAAAGUCUUAUGUUAACCCGGUAGCAGCGGGGAUCAUGUUUCUUAGUGGUCCCUCUAAGCGAGAAAAAAUAGAAAAAAUCAUCACUCACACAAACCAUUUCAAAAUAUAUAUCAAAGCAUUUGUGAUCAGUUUAUGCAUCAUCUAUUUUGGGGAGUUUAUAUGAUGGCACAAAUUUGGCCCGUCGCUGCUACCGGGCUAAAAAGUCAACCUCCAGGACUAAGAUAUACUCCAUUUAACUUUAACAUGUAACUUUAAGCCCCCAGAAAGUAGUAUCCAUACAUGAGACAUCCUAAGAAAUGGCAUGAGGGACAAAGCCAUAUUUUUCCAGUUUGCAGUAGGAAAGUCAGGCUACACAUCGCAGGAAGAACAAGACAUCAGUUGCAAGGGAAAGACGACCUUGUAUUGGUGUACCGAGUGUCACUUUUCCCUUGCAACUAAUUUCCGGUUCUUCCUGAGACGUGUAAACAAGAAAAAAAACUCUGGUGGGUGUUCUCGGAUGCUCCCACCUCCCGCGUCAAUUAUUUUCAAAGGUCAAAGGGGUUGUUGGUCACAUUCUAAUAAGUGUUUGUGUGGAUUCAUGGCACAAGAGAAAGAUCAUGCUACCAGAAGGGUCAUAAAACUACCUCUGCAAAUGUUCACAUCAACUAUCUUCAAAGCCCAAAAAGGAUAUCAACCAGGUUCUAAUGAGUGUUUGUGUGGAUUCAUGGCACAAGAGAAAGAUCACGCUACCAGAAGGAUCAUAAAACUACCUCUGCAAAUGUCCACAUCAACUAUCCUCAAAGCCCAAAAAGGAUAUCAACCAGGUUCUAAUAAGUGUUUCUGUGGAUUCAUGGCACAAGAGAAGGAUCAGACUACCAGAAGAGUCAUAAAACUACCUCUGCAAAUGCACAAAACUCCCAUGAAAGUCUUGUCCAAUGUGUGUACUUGGCCGCCAAAAUUUUAAGAAUAUGUCCCAUUGUCCCUUAUGCCACUUCUCAGCCUCGUAUGUCGACCCACAGUACUUGGUUUAAAAUUGUUCUGGAAAUACGACUUUUACACAAGUUCAUACGGUAACUGUAGAGUGGAACAUGGGUUGUGGUGCAGGGCAGGAGUGUUGUGUGUUCUCUUCAGUCAUGCAAGAUUAUCAAUGUCAAUCAUCAACACAGGAACACUUUAGGCUGUAGGAGUGGUGUAAUUUUUAAGAGGAGAUUGUUUGGCCCCGUUAGAGUAGAAAUAUUAAUCAUUAUGGUCACGUGUCAACACAGGAAUAUUGUUGGCCCUGGGAGUCUUGACAUGCUAAUAGAAAGGUGUGUCUUAUUUGGCUGGGCAAGACAUGCUAAUAGAAGGGUGUGUCUUAUUUGGCUGGGCAAGACAUGCUAAUAGAAGGGUGUGUCUUAUUUGGCUGGGCAAGACAUGCUAAUAGAAGGGUGUGUCUUAUUUGGCUGGGCAAGACAUGUUAGUUACACGAGUCCUUGCUCAGCUCAGGUCCUCUUUUAGGUUCUACAGUGCCAGUUCUGCUCACCAAAUUUUGCUCACUGGUACUCGGACUGAUCGCCAAAGCUUCAGCGUUCAACCAUUCUUCAGUUCUGUUUAAUGCUUCCUCCUCGGCUGAUAAAUUAGCUUACAUGAAAGAUCUGAUAAACUUUACCGCUAAUGGCUCACUUGUCAAACAGUUCUUAAGUAUUACAUCAAUGCAUUCAGCUGCAGUUGUUGUUUUCACAUGCUUGUCACUUAAGCCAUGGUAGUUAUUUUUAAGGAGAGUUUUUUUGCAGUGUAUGCCGCAUCAAUUCCAUUUCCAGUGAUAUCCAGUGUGGGUAGUACACUUUUGGGUCAGUCGUAUUAUUUAGAAAUUACUCAGUGGCACUAAUGAGUCAUAGAUCUGGUCAUUUAGAAUCUCAUUUCUUAUAUAACAAGGUGGACGGCAUCUUAUAGUCAGGGAAGACUUAAAAACCCUAUGUAGUGGAGUGGUGGCCAGUGCACACUGUUGACUUCGAUAGUCCAACCAUUUCAAAUAGUCCGUUGAGGCGUUGGAUUCCGUGGGUCCUUUCCUCCCCUCUGCUCUGCCACACAGUCCCAACACCUAUCCCUUCCUUUCAUACGUUACCUAUAGCUAACAUAUGAGAGGGAAAAAUAGGUGUUGGGACUGUGUGGCAGAGCAGAGGGGAGGAAAGGACCCGUGGAAUCCAGCGCCUCAACGGACUAUUUGAAAUGGUUGGACUAUAAUUUUAAGUGCCGGCAAAAAGUACCAAACACCCACAGGUCUUUUAAAUGGAAUUGGAGUGAAAUGUAUGGACACUGUGCUGUGUUGGUCAGGUGGGCACCGAUGGCUAAAGUCUAGGCAUUAAUGGCUGGCUGACAUUCCCCACAUCUAAAAACUGAAAUUAAUUAAUGUUUGGAAACGUAACAAUAAGGCCCAAAUUCUCUGCUCUUUGUCUUGGUAGGGUUGUUGUCAUUUUCAGAUUAUUCAUUUGUCUUUAUAUCCUUCACAUUACAGUAAAAAUCUAAGGAACUGUUGCCUUCAUCAGACUGAGGAGGAAGCAGUGAUAGGGGAGUGACGCUGAGCAAGGACUCAUGAUGUGAAUACUAACCCUAGAGGUGAUGGCAAUAAGGAUUUUGUGACCGAGGAAGUGCCUGUUGAGGGGGGGGAAGGGAAGUGUCUUGUCAACCAGGUCAAAAAGUUUGGGUCAGGUCAGGUCAGGUCACAUCUUGCCUUUGAGCCUGGAGAGUGCAGCGUGCCUGGCGUGGUAACCUGUCACUUCCUUGUUAUGUUUUGUAGUGUUUAUAUUGCACCAUUAUGUUGAGUAUCAAGGAUGUUAUGUAUAUUUAGUACUAUGUUUGUGUGUACAGGAUUAUGUUCCACACCAUGUUAUAUACUUAGUAGGAUAAUUCGAGAGUACAGUAUUUAUUUUGUUGUAUUGUUAUGUUAUAGAGAUUAUUUACAUUCCAUUAUGUAUACUUUAACAGGAAGAAAAGGUAUGCAAAUGUUAGUGUGUGUGUGUGUGUGUGUGUGUGUGUGUGUGUGUGUGUGAGUGGCGUGGCGUUCAGUGCCGCCUGCUGCUGUUGCUGCCGCAGGUCUUGUUAGUCAGAGUACCUUGUGAUACAAUCUCACUUAGACAUAUUUUCUCUAAAAAUAAAACACUUAUGUGAUAAUUAA